GCAUCUGCAGCACGCGCUCUGGAAAUUCUGCAUCAUCAGCAUCAUCACCAGUCGGUUGAUUCCCCUCUUCAACCUUCAGUCUCAGUCUUUUGUUGAUUACACUCGUCGAUAUUUUCAAUCAUAUUUUUUGGCUAUCGACUUCAUUCCUUCAGCGAGGCUUUCUGAAACAGCUGCAUAGAGAAUGUCUGCUGCUAAUAAUGCUAAUCCAGCCGGUGGCCCUGGAGGAGAUGGGGCACCAGCGGGUCCUCCUGCUCCCCCUCCAAACACCACCAGCAACCGCCGACUACAGCAGACACAAGCACAAGUGGAUGAGGUGGUGGACAUCAUGCGUGUAAAUGUGGAUAAAGUUCUGGAGAGAGAUCAAAAGCUUUCAGAACUGGACGACCGGGCGGAUGCUCUGCAGGCCGGGGCUUCUCAGUUCGAAAGCUGUGCUGCUAAACUGAAGAACAAAUACUGGUGGAAAAACUGCAAGAUGAUGAUCAUAAUGGGUGUGAUUGGAGUCCUCUUCAUUGGAAUCAUUUUCUUGUAUUUCUUCUCCUGAGCUGAUUCACAUGAUGAGUAUGAGAAAUGAGCUCCACCCCUUUUCCUGAUCCUUCUCUACUCAAGAUGUCAGUCGUCUCACACUUUGGUGUGACCUUAGUAUGUAGAUAUCAAAACUCAUUUUACCUAUACAUAUCACAUGCAUCAAUUCUCUUACAAUCUUUCUCUUUCCUUCUUUCUCUUUCUGAAUAAACUGCACUUUUCAAACCUUAUGCAGACACAAAGACAUACACGACUGCACUCAGGCAGAAGAUAGAGAGAGAGAGAGAGAGAGAGAGAGAGAGAGAGAGAGAGAGAGAGAGAGAGAGAGAGAGAGAGAAAGAGAGAGAGAAAGAAAGCGAGAGAUUAACUCAGGCUAAGUCAGAGAAUUUGUAAAUUGAUACAUACAUUAUCAAAUAUAACCCUAUGCUAUUCUUACUACUGCUAUUGCCAUUAGCCAGUACCAUGAGCUAUCAGUCAUCUAUUUUGUUCAGAACCUUUAUGUGUACUGAUGAUACAGAUUAGGUUGGUAGCUUUUCUGCAUAGCACAAGAAGUAUUGAGAUGUACUUAUAUAUUUUUUUGAAUUUUUAUCAAGAGUAGAAAGUUAUAAUUUUCAUUUUUAUUUAUUCAGUAUUGGCAGGAAAAAAUACAUUAAACCCUACAAGGUGUUGGAGGUUACACUUUUAAAAUAAAUGCCGUAGAAGAAUCAUUUUUGUCCGAAUGGUUUCAUUAGGACCUCUGCAGAACCUUCCGUGGCAUGAAAGCUUCUUAGUAGUAAAUUUUUUUUUUCAGAUAUUAAAAUGUAUGAAUGAAGGUUUUCACUGAAUGGUUCUUUGAGGAAAAUGUUUCUUCAAUGGCAUCACUGAAAAAACCUUUUAAGGGGACAUAUCAUGAAAAUCUGACUUUUUUCAUGUUUAAGUGCUAUAAUCGGGUCACCCAUGCUUUUAUCAACCUAGAAAAUGAAAAAAGAUCAAGGUCAUUCAAAUUUUUCUCCCCUUGUGAUGUCAAAAGGGGAUAAUACCGCCCCUAAUCUGCACUAUCCAACCACGGCACUGCCAUUUAGUGCAGACAUUUGCAUUUAAAAGCACAGACACAAAAAAUUGCCCUACACGGUGGCAAUUUUAACAUAUUAUUAUAAAUUAUCUGUGUGUUAUUUUGAGCUAAACCUUCACAUAUGUACUCUGGGGACACCAAAGAUUUCUUUAACAACUUAAAAGUCUUGUGAAAUGUCCCCUUUAAGGGCCUUUUUACGCCCCCUGUGGUGAAAAUCAUGUUUGUAUUGUUGGUUUUAUGUCUACAUGGUGUUUUUAAUAUCCUUUAAGGCAAGCCAUGUACAAAUUCAUCAUUCAGCCCCAUUGCUUAGUAUUUUCUCCAUAAAAUUUGAGCUUUGAAAUCACCUUGAUUUCCUACGUCACAAACAUGUGACCAAUCACAUCAACACAGUUGAAAGUGUAGAUCAGUAGUUCAAGCCAUAGAUAUUAUAUAUAUAUAUAUAUAGAUGCCGCAUAGGCUCACCGCUGGAACGAUUGCAGUACAGCUGCUUCACCUGUUUCUGUGAUGCUCAAACCUGUUAAAGGGACACUCUACUUUUUUUAAAAAAUAUGCUCAUUUUCCAGCUCCCCUAGAGAUUUGAUUUUUACAGUUUUGGAAUCCAUUCAGCUGAUCUCUGGGUCUGGCGGUACCACUUUAGCAUAGCUUAGCAUGAUCCAUUGAAUCUGAAAGUUGUGAUUUUCUAGGCAGAUAUGGUUAGGAACUAUACUCUUAUUUUCGCGUAAUAAUCAAGGACUUUGCUGCUGUAACAUGGCUGCAGCAGGCGCAAUAAUAUUACGCACUGCCUGAAAAUAGUCCCUUUGGUUACUUUCAGUAGCAGGGGACUAUUUUCAGGCGCUGUGUAAUAUCACUACUAAUAUCACUAUUUUUCGUCGAUCUUAGUACACAAUACUACAGAAGAGUCAAGUUUUAAAUAGGAAAAAUAUUGAAACUCUUUGGUUAUUUUUUACUGCAAUGCUAAUGGUUUAUGCUAAGCUAUGCUAAAAGUGGUACAGCCAGACCCAAGAGAUCAGCUGAAUGGAAACUGUAAAAAUCAAAUAUUUAACUCUAGGGGAGCUGAAAAAUUAGCAUAUUUUCAAAAAAAGUGGAUUGUCCCUUAAACAUCGCCAAUGAUUUCAUGUAUGCUUGUGUGAAACCGGACUUAGCAGUUUUGUGUCUGAAAUGGUCAGAGCUGCAAGAGUGGAGGCCGCGGAGACUUCUUAGCAUAUUUAUAGAUCCGUGUAUACCAAAUGAGGCAAGAGUAUAGAGUUACAUUUAAGCUGUUUUAAAGCAUAAAGGAAUUACUAUGACAGGAAAACUUUUACAUAUGCUAUUAUAAUGCUCAAGGACGAAUUUUAAGUGAUAAAAUACUCGACUACAGGGAGACUUUUAGAGGGAAACUGCUGUUUUUUGACUUUCAUAGCAGAUUAUUCCCACUAUUAGACUUGAUUUAUUUUGUAUUGUUAAAACUUCUAUUACUGUAACUACCUGAUUUACAACACAAACCUCAUUUUCCUGUUUUGUGGAAAAUAUUCAUCUGGGCACAAGAUGCUGUCAGCCUGCCAUGAUGUACUGAAAUGUACCGAAUCUACUCAGAAAUGUAUAAUCAUUGCAGUGCGUGCUAAUAAUCUAUACUGCCAUGUAAUUGACAACUGUUGGUUUUACAUUCCUGUAUCUGUUCACUUUAUUAUAUUUUGUUUUUAUAUAUUAUUUCAUAUUUUGAUUGUAGAUGUCUAUUUUUUUUCUCUUGUAAGCUCAAAUGAGACAUACUAAAAAUAAUGUGAAAGUCUAUAUAUGUGAAUGAAUGAUGCAUAUACCAUGACAAAGUAAUUCUGUCUCUUGAAGUUCUGACACAAAUCUCAGAUUUUAAAAGGAAUAAAAAGCAUGCCUCUGACACUUUAACAGAUGCCAAUAAAACCAUCAACGUAU